ACUAAAACUUCGUAUUAUCGUUCAGCUGAUUCAGUUUUGAAUAGCUCAAAUCGCGAUGGUGAGAAAGGUGACGAACGUGAUAGAUCAGAGGAAGAUAACCAGCCUAAGCCACAGUUUAGAGAUGAAUGUUUUCGAAAAAUGGAUUUAAUGAUCGAGUUGUUAGUACCAUUUUUAGUUUUCAAUAAUUGUUGUCUGAUGAAAGUGGCACUAAUGUAA